AUGCUUAUACUGAGCGUGCUGCACGCUGAACAUGACAGAGACCACCACAGGCACCCUUCAAGGCUUGGGAUAGAUGACAGUAGGCAUGCUUCGAGGUGGGCUUCAGAACACCAUAGACAUAACAGCAACCUACCAAGAAAUGAAGAGGAAGAGUUUAAUGAAGAUAGGGCCUCAGACAUGCAUGGCCCAUACAUGCGGGAGUGUUUGCCAGAGGAAGUUAUUAAAAGGCUCCAGACGCACAUUAGACAAGAGGGCACACUUUCAAAUCUUCACAGAUCAAAGGACCAUUGCAUACAAAGCUACUUCACAGAAAGAGCUGCCCAUCCACACGGUAGAGGAAGCGUAUAUCCAAGACACAGACGCAGAGUGCGCAGCCCAGACAGCGAGCCAUACAGAGAAGGGUACAACCACCGGCACGGGGAUGGAGAAGACAUGGUCUGUAAGUAUCCCUCCAGAAAAGACCAUAAUGGCAGGUGCACAUCACCUUCAGAUAGAAACAGCGAUGAAAAUAGCAGCUAUCGCCCUCCGCAUGAUAAUGACGCUCCUCCAACGAUCUCAUACAGCAUGCGUGAUAUCCUAAAUAAGGUGCAAGAUAAGUAUGAGUCGCUACCGCAGACGGUUUUAAAUAAUGUGAAAAACAAAUUCAUGGGGCCAAAGUCGCCGCAGUCUCAGUAUGAUGCAGAACCCGAUAUGCAAAAUACAAGUGGCUCGAACAACUUCAACUCAUACCCAAACAAUGGUAGUGGGUAUACCUCAGAUAGAUAUGAAGACACUGCGUCCGGCCCAAUGUACUGCUCGCUCCGGUCUAAUAAAAUUGUCCCAUAUAUUGUCUCGUACGGUCCCCCAGAUGAGAAGAAGAUGCGAAAAUUUUCCAACUUUCCAAAGCAAGGCGUUCCAAGCGAGGACAAAAACAGCAACAAUCCACUGAAGAAACUUAACGUGACAGACACUAUUCUUGUAAGCCCGCUUACUCUCUCCGCACUAUCAGACAUGGUUACACAAGCACAGAGAGAGACCACAUCAACCCAAAUCACCCACAUAUCCAUCAGUGACAUACCUAUCAUUCGGGUAAGCGAGGAGCAUCUUCUUCACCCCAUGUGCACAGAAGGCACUCUCUGCCUUCUAGACAAUAAGUGCAUGUACACUUCCUCUGAACAGUGCGAAAGCAAGAAUAUAUGUGCGCCUCCGACUGUCAAAAGCUUUAUUAAGUCAAUUCCGCAUUCUGGCAGAUACGAAAAAACUCCUCUUAUUGUGUAUAAUGCGCAGAAGCAGGAGUUUAGCAUAGAAAAAAUAUUUGUAAGAAACCAAAAAGUCACACCGCAUAAUAUAGAGUACACCAGCAUAGAAACCUCCCUUCUAGAGAACUCGCCUGUUUCGGAAAGCACAAUCAAAACCAUACAGAGCGCAAUCAUGGAGGCACAGGGAUAUUCGCGUGGGCGAGAAAGGCCUCCGCAGAACAUCUUUCUGAUUGAGUCAAACAAUACCCGCGGCUUCAUCAUAUUUCUUAUCAUAAAACAGAUUCUGGAGGACAGCGAGCACCAUCAGAUUUCUGAGCAGGUAAAGGCACAAAUGCGAGAUGUAUACAUGCAAAUAUUCCGCAAUGAAAUACGGGUUGAUCAGGUGUCUAAUGUGGUAAUGAAAGACAUUGACAUGGUGAUAUCUGUUUUAAACACAGCAAACCCCACACAAGGGCAGUAUUUCAACAGAGACAGGUAUAACCCAAAUCCCCCAUACAGCGGGCAUUCAGGCGACUAUCCCCAGAAUAACGAUCCAAAUAGGCCUUCGCAUGGUGGGUACUAUCCAAAUGGUUCCCAGAUGCAGAAUAGUCCAGGUAGAAAUGACUACAACCAGGAUUCAGGUCCGCAUGAAUAUAAUAGAAACCAGUACUAUGACAGCCACAGAAAUAACUCUGCCAACAACGGGUAUAACCCUAAUAAUGAUUAUAGAAACAACCAAGAAUCCCCGAACAGCUACAGACCAGCGGGCGACUAUAACCAGAAUAAUAAUUACAGCCCAAAUAACUAUAAUCAUAAUGGCUACAAUAGAUAA